AAUAGCUGAAGGUGAUAUUGCCGAGUCCCAUCCCCAGUCGAUGAGCAAGCAUCCCAGGUUAGAACUUGUAUUUGAAGAGUGGGAUGUUGCUGGCCUUCCGUGGUGGUUCGUAGGAAACCUAAGGAGCAACUAUGGGUACAGAAGCAAUGGCUCCACCGAUUUACCAAGUAACAAGAAUGGUGACACUGCAGUAGCCUCUGAUACCACAGAUGAUCUUUGGUUCUUAUCAGAGUCUGACAAUGAAAGAUUCAACUUGGCAAUGAAGGCAGAUACUGUUGACUCUGAUAGCAGCACUGAUAUAGAUGAGGAUGGCAAAGAGAAUGGCAAAAAGGUGCUACAAGAUGAAGGUAAUGAAGAAGACCUGGAGGACACACAGAGCUUGAGUGAUGACACAGAUAUUGACAUUGUCUCAGAGGAUUGCUGGCAGUGUACUAAAUGCAAGAAGUUUAACUCUCCAGAGAAGCGGUACUGCUUUCGCUGCUGGGCACUAAGAAAGGAUUGGUAUUCUGACUGCCCGAAGUUGUUACAUUCUGUUUCUACACCUAAUAUCACUGCCACAAAAGGAAAGAAGGAAGAGGAAGAUGAAGGGAUUGAUAUUCCAGAGUGCAGAAGGACAGUUUCCGAUCCAGUUAAUCGGACUGCAGAUCAGAACAAGUUAUCAGAGAAAAACCAGACUGGACCACGUAGUUCCAUUGAGUCUUUGGACUUGACCCAGUGUAACCCACCAACUGCAUCUUCACCUUCCUGUAAGAAAAAAUCUUCAAAACCUUCACUUGGACUGCCUGCAGCAUUACCAGAAUCCAACAAGGAACUUUUGAAACCUUGUUGUGUUUGUCACAGGCGCCCAAGAAAUGGGAAUAUCAUUCAUGGCAAGACAGCUCACCUUGUAACCUGUUUUUUCUGUGCUAGGAUGCUGCAGAAAUCCAAGUCACCUUGUCCGAUGUGCAGACAAAAAAUUAAUUUGGUGAUCAAAAUAUUUAUAGCAUAGGUACCCUGGACUGAUAAUUUUCCCUUUUCCCUUGUUACUGCACUUAACUUGAAUUUUCUUUUCAGUGUUUUGCACCUUGUCUGAUGGACAGCCAUUGGUGUGUGUCCUUUUUUUCACUAGCAGAACUUACUAAAGCUGAUAACCCGUGUUAAAAGCCACAGUGUUAUAUAUUCUGUUCAGUUUGCUGAAGGGCAGUGUUACCUGAAAGGCCACCUUCUUUGUCAUCCCUCCAUAAUUUAAAUUGCCAUUGUGUUGCAUUGCAGUUUUUCUUAAGAUUAAGGGCAGCUUGCUUACUUUGAGUUUUUCUCUUACUGGGCUUGUUUUUCACCUUCCUUGAGUCAUUUUGGCUACCUUCCAUAUUGAAACGUAUUUUAGUGUUAAAGAAUGACUUGAAUUUUACCAAGCACAUUUUUAAACAGCUUGUUACUUAAUGUUUGCUGUUCUACAUUUUGUUGCUGAGAAUCAGAAUGGUACUACAUCAUAGCAGCUUUUACCUUUGUUCAUAAGUCUUUACUGUCUUACACAGGCACUGGAUUUUUUGACUGUAUACUGCAGCUAACAUAGUAUGUAAUGGAAACUGUAACGUCUGUCUCAGUUUUUGUAUUGCAUGUGAGCUUCCCAAACCCAUAAACUCUACUGUAGUACAUAACCUUCUAUUUUAAAUCAUGUGGAGUGUCCCGAGUGUUUUGAUUAAACAUUUUUUGAUUGGCCCCUGCA